AUGGCUGUGAACGAGAGAGCUGCCAGGGCUCUGAAAGAAAUCCUCAAACGGCCCGGAAACCAUACAUGCGCCGACUGUGGAGCUCCAGAUCCUGAGUGGGGGUCCUGUUCUUUGGGAGUGUUCAUUUGUCUGACUUGUUCUGGAAUCCACCGGAACCUUCCAGAUCAUGCGAAAGUGAAAUCUCUCCGACUGUCCCGAUGGGAGGACUCAGAGGUGCAGUUCAUGGCAGAGAAUGGGAACGAGGUGGCCAGGAGUAAAUAUGAGGCUCAGGUGCCAGUGUACUACUACAAACCCACUCACAAGGACUGCCAAGUCCUGAAGGAGCAGUGGAUCAGAGCUAAGUAUGAGAGGUUGGAGUUUAUUCAGGGUCAGAAGCCGUCACCGCUGGUAUAUGAAGAGGGCACCAGAGAUGGAAUGCUAAUGAAGAGAGGACGGGACAACGGUCAGUUCUUCAGCAGACGAUUUGUCCUGUCAGAGAGGGAGGGGACGCUGAAGUACUUCACUAAGUUUGAUGCUAAGGAGCCUAAAGCCAUAAUUAAGGUGGAUACCAUCAAUGCGUCCUUCCAGCCGGAGAAAAUUAGCCACCCUAAUGGCCUCCAGAUCACGUACCUGAAAGACUUCAGCACACGCAACAUCUUCCUCUACCAUGAAAGCAGCAAGGAAAUAGUGGACUGGUUUAAUUCUAUCCGAGCGGUUCAGUUUCACUACCUUAAAGUAGCUUUUCCUGGAGCUUCUGACAUUGAGCUAAAACCCAAACUGACACGCAACUUCCUGAAAGAGGGAUACAUGGAGAAGACGGGGCCGAGGCAAACCGAGGGUUUCAAGAAGCGUUGGUUCACCUUGGACCACAGGAAGCUAAUGUACUUCAAAGAUCCUCUGGAUGCGUUUGCUAAGGGUGAGGUGUUCCUGGGGCACAAAGAUUUGGGCUACAGCGCCAGCCUGGGCUUAAGCCCUGGCGCCCACUGUAACGGUGCCUGGCAAAACGGCAUCACCAUAAAAACACCAGAUCGCAGCUUCCUGUUUACCUGUGAGACGGAGACGGAGCAAUUAGAUUGGUUCAAUCACUUUAAUGAGGUCAUCAACACACCGAUGUCACCGCAGGAGUACAGCAUGGAGGCCCUCUUCAAGCACAGACACUGAUGGAGUCAGUGACCCCACCUUCCCUUUCAUCUCAGUCUCUGCAGCUAAAGGCUUGACAAGUCUAAGGGACAGAACACUACUCGUUUAUGGUUAUUUUAAUCCAUAUCUGAAUAUUUUAAAUUUCAGUAAGUACUUUUAGAGCUAAAACUGCAAUUAUGUAGGGCAAACACAAGUCACAAUUAGAAAAGGUAGAAAAAAGUAAUAGUUAAUGUAAAAUGUGUUCAGCCUUUUCACUGGAUCACACUUAGUUUGUAUCUUACUGUUGUUUACUGUAAUAUGGUUAUGUAUUAGUUUAAACUACCAAACUGUUGGUUUUUGAUCUCUUGUUCUACAAGUGGCACAUCUUUAUAGUUUUGAUUGUUUGGUUGUAGCCUCUCCUGCAGAUUUUGAAUAGUGUUUUAAUUGUUUGUUUUGAUUUAUUGAGGUGCAUCCAAGUGGUGAUUUUUGUACCUGUAAUAAUGUAAUAUUAAGCCUUAAACUCGGCUUGUUUUUUUGAUUUAGGCAUCAUGCCGACCCAAGUUUGUUUCUUGACCAUUAA